CUCGCACUGUAUUGAGUAUUGAGUUCCAACUCCUCUCUACUACUCUCUUACGAACCACUCUUGAGUUUGUCUGCAGUUUCACUCAGACUUUCAUAUACUCUAUUAGUGUACUCUAACUUUAGUACACUUCCAGCCAAAGUUUGCCAACUGUUCCAACAGCUCACCACUGCUUCGGCUCCCACUGUAUCACAUCCUAUCGCUAUAUCCAUGAGUCGAGUCUAUGCCAUCAAUUGAUAAAUAUAUUGUAUAUAUACACUACAACUCGUCUAUUAUAGUAUAGGGCCAGUAAUUGUGGUCAUUUCCACACCACUGUUACACUCAAUGAAUAUAUUUAGUGCUAAAUAACUUGCGAUCAAAACAAUUAAUUGACUUUUUGUUAAUGUGUUUGAAAAUCAAUGAAUAGUUUGUCGACGAAAGAAGUUUUAUUUGAAAUUCGUGUCAAUUAUAAGAGAAUUUAAACUCUCAUUAAAAUUAAUUUGAUUGCAUUCCCAGUAAAUGCAAUGAUAAGCAGUUGUGUCACAUCAAAAUCGUCGUCCCCCUCAUCGCCCGUCUCUAUGAUGUCUCCAUCAAGUCUUCACUCCUCACCGCAAGCGUCGUCGUCCUUCAGUCAGGACAGGUCUCCCGUAUCGAGUCCUUCGCGAUCUAACCUCCAAUCCAUUCCUCUCCUCAAGCCUUCGGCCAUCAAAGAGCCGUCGGUUCACUUCCCGCCCUCAACCAUACCAUCGAUGUGUUUCCCAUUGCACGCCAUAUACGCCCAAAAUCCAUAUUCUGGAUUAGUUGGCAACAAUUUGUCCACAUUCUUCUCGCCGCACGCCAUCGCCCGGCAAAUGUCAUUUCUCAACAACUCUUUCACACACAAUAUUUCAGGCAAACGAAUUCCUGCCGAAGAUUUUUCACGCUUUCCACCGGUCUUUUCGCCCCUCAAUACUGCACACCGGACCGCAAAUGCGAGCGCCUAUCCGACCGCCAAACAGGGCUGUCUCUUCCCAUUCAAUACCACACAUACAUCAGGUGCUCAUCACUUACACAACGCACAGAACAAUAUGUUUAACGCAUUAAAUAACGAAUGCCUCACAUCUUCGCCACCGUAUAAACGCAAAAUGUUGAACAUUUCCGGAGACAACGAUCACAACACUAAUUCAAACAAUGAAUCCCAACUUCUUCAGCAGACAUCCCUGGGUUCAAAUAGUUGGUGCCGAUCGCCAUCACAUCCGUUGACGUGUCCUCUUUGCUCGAUAUCUCUGGAAGGGGUGGACAUAAGCCGUCAUUUCAUUGAAGAGGUUCACAAAGUCGAGACAUUUAGAAAAUUAAGUAAUUUGGCGGACAUUCCCAACGAUUCAUCAGAAACAAUGAUUCGUCAAACGAGGAAAAAGUUUGAAACCGAAGAGUUAAGGACUGAAAGCCGAGGCAAUCAUUUGCACAGAAGUGACUCCAUUUGGAACCUUAGCUCUGAUGUCAGCACUACUUCUCAGUCAAAUAUUCACAAUAACAGUGAUAUGGAGAACAUUGAAGACAUUCACGAAACCAUAUAUUUGUUGCGGAAACGGAUCCGAGAGUUGGAGAACAAAGAGAACGAUAGCGUGAAUAAUGAGUCGUCGUAUAGAAGCCUACCGUCGAUGGCCUAACAGAUCCACAACAGAUCCCAACACCUGCUCUCCCCUCCAGACGACGACAACAUUUGCUUAUGUGUUGAUAUUUGGUGUGAAAUAUCUGCAACCGAUUGAUUGCAUUUAAACUUCUUGAUGACUAAAACAUCUGUAACUUAUUUUUGGCUCAUUUUUGCUAUAAGUCAGCAAUACUUCAAUGAAUUAGUAGACAGUUUCGGCAUAACUGCUGAUUACUCGACACAAACACUACACUAAUUGCUUAUUU